AUGUGGAGAGGAAAAGAAAAGCAUGGGGCAUUUCAGAAACAAGCAAGCUCAAUUUACCACCUGAAUUUUUUGGAGGGCAUUGCAUUCUCCCCACUCCUCCAUAAGAAAGACAAAGCCGAACAACAGCUAUCUUAUCCCAAGGUCUUGAGAGACUAUUUAGACCGGAAAUACACUCAUUGCUGGGGUCUUCCCUCUCUGCACAGUGAGUCCCUGGUGGCUACUGCUGUGGUCACUGGUGCCACAGCUCAAUCACAGGACUCCUCCGUUUUAUUUAAUGGAAAUUCUACUUAUUUUCCACUUCCUAGUCAACCCAUCAUGUCCUCGAGUCAUUCCCACACCACAUUCAGGCCUCACUGUGACCAAUUACAACAUUCGGCUGGAAAUUUUCUCCAGGCCCAGCACCCACUUUUGUCUCCAGUUCAGACUCUGGCCCAUCCCACACCCCACCUCCUAAUCCAAUCGCCUCUUCCUCCACCGCAGACUGGAUACUGUGGGAUGUUUAGCCCUACAGGCCAGAGCAAGGCAGAAACAUUUAUCCCAAAUAAUAUUCAAUCUGUGGAAUGGUCACUGUGGCAGACACAGCAAGAAAAGAUGUCUUUAUCCCCUGUGGUCCAAAAUUCAGACCAAGCGUUUAAUCCAGUCCCUACCUUGCUUUUCGAGGACAGCUACACCUACCAGGCUGACAGAUCAGUGUCUGUCUUUCAUGAGAACCAUGACAGUGGGGUUCUCCAGGAACCAAAUCUCCAGAGGUGGCUUCUCAGAGGUGAAAAUCAGGAGGAGAUGCCCCACAGAAUACAGAAUGUGGAAACAAUACAGCCUCAGGGAGAAACCCUAGGGCCAAGUCACACCUCAGGCAGGCAGCAGCCGUCAUUGUCAUCCAUGUUGUCAAGCCAAGGUAAUUGGGAUGUACUAGAGAGGAGCUAUGUGUCACCCAGGAGGUCCAACAGCAAGAAUAAUCUUCUCUUCAGACAAAGAACUUAUUUAAACAAGGGUCUAGGGCAGUGUCUGAGAAGGGUCCCCAAAGAUCAUAGCAAAAGAUCAGCUAUUUCUUCAGUGAGCUCAGAAGGGUUGCAAAGACACCCCAUGAGGCCUGAGAAGUGUGACUCAGGAAGUUGUUUAUCAAGGCGCCAAGAGAAGAGACAUUUAGAGAAACUCUUGAAAGCCCAUCUGGGCAAAAAGGUACGGCAGAUCAACAAGGGGCUGUUUCCUGUGAGUGUGCGCAGAUCCUGGCUUGCCUCCAACCUCACUUUAUCUAAACCCAGUGCCCAGAAAGAGUCCACAAAGUCAGCACCUUUCAAGCGUCGGGAAAGCCACACGAACACCUCCCGCCAGCUCCCUUUCCUUAGACCAUGUGCGCAACAAGAGCUGGAAGCACAUAUGAUUAGGUUUAGGGUAAGGCAGAAAUGGGGCUCUUGCCCAAACCUCUCUGAGCCCAUUAAUAUCAAGGAAUGUGAGAGUCAACCACUGUUCAGCCCAAGGCCUGUCUUCCCCUAUACAGACACCUUUGAACCCGAGACCCAGUCAAAAGCCCCUUUUGCCCAGUUAGUGAAAAAAACAACUCAGUCCUCUCUGCAAAAAAAGGGAAUAGCUAAAAAGUCAUAUUGCACCCCCAUUCUGGGGAGUCCCUUCUUGACAUCCAAACUUGCGAAUGAAGAAACUGAGAGGUCCCCAGGAGGAAGCCCACCCGUUCAUGGCCAGGAACUGUCAAAGUUUCUUCUGACUAAACAGGAGGCGGGGCCUCCUGCUCAGAUGUCUGUCUCCAGCCCCCUUAGGAAACCUCAGCAGAGGAAGGUUGAGACAGGUAAUCUACUGACCACCACAAGAGCAGAAAAUAUCACGAACAGUCUGAAUGAGAACAGGGGUCUGAUCACUCCAGACCUGUCCCACAAAAUAGAGAUACUAAAAAGAAACUUAGAUACUAAAUCUUUAAGGGUGAAACAGGAUUUGGAAUCAAUAAAGACCAAGGAAACCCCUGCCUGGGAAGUCAACGUGGGCCCCAGGGAGACAGACACCUCCUGGACAGAUGACAUGUAUGCGAACAGUUCACAGUCUUCCGUGUCCCAUGAUAGAUUUUUAACACCUGCAGCAACUACCGCUCCAAACCCAAGCAGUCCAGACCUCACCACAAUAGUCACCAAUAAGUGUGAGACCCAAGGGGCGGUGGAAUUGGAAAAUCUGCCUCAAGGCUGCGCCACCGUAGUGAUCCCUGAUGAUUCCUGUACUGAAGUGUGCCUCUUAGAUUAUGGCACAAAGAUGGUCAUCCAAGGCUGUGCCAUCAGUGACCACCCAGGUGCUCCCACAAAUGUACUCCUGGCUGUAAACAUCUUGGAUUCUUACACAUCACUGUGUCAGGAAAAAGACACUAGUGGGAACACACCUGCUCCCCAGGAGAUAGUAGAGUCCAUACUGAGUGGACACGACAGCCAGGGGCAGCAGGAGACAAGGAGACCAGAAGGUAAGAUCCAGGGUAAGAGUCAGAGGAAGAUAGUGACAGCAACUGUUGAGAGAGUGGAUGCCGGUAUCCUACCUGCUGAACGGCAAAAUGUUUUUACCCCAAGUAAUGAAAGGAAGGAUAUUGUUUUCCAAAUUAAAGAGAGGAAGGAUUACAGAAAGUCCAAAUCAAGAGAGCAGGAAAAACGUUUUCCAGGAGUGCGGACUCUCCAAGCCAAUGACAUAGGCCACCCUGCUCAGGUUGAGGAAAGAGCCGAUAUCCAGGGUAGCAAAACCUUGCAAGAAAAGGAAUCCGUUUCUACAGAAAGCCACCUCAGGAAAAGAAUGCGGCACUUUCUGGAGUGCCUGAAAUUUAAUAAAAAAAGCAGAGGCCCACAUGAACACCUUCAGAAAGCCAAGGCUGCCCCUGCCGCUGGCCAGCGUCGGCAGGGAGUCAAAAGCAAGUUGUCCACAGACAGAGCAACUGUCGAAGCUCAAAUGAUUGCGUCAGCUGUGGAACAUGUCCUGGUGAGGAAACUGGGUCUUAGCAAAGGAACUGGGGCUUCACAAGUCAAGCAAAACAAGCAAAAGUGUCAUGUCCCAAUGGUUAAAAAUUAA